GAGAUAAUUGACAACUAUCCAGGAACAACACCCCUUGAUGAGGACAUCUGCCACAUCGGUCUCGUACUCGUGUUAACUUGAAUCAGUAUUACCAUCAUCAAGUAAGUACUUGUAUCAUAAUUAAAGAUCAAAACUACUACAGCGCAGUUCAAGCAGAUCAAAUAGCCAUGCCUGGCGUCCCUUCUCUUCCUUCCUUCGAAGGAAGUGAGCCUUCGCAGCUCGAUGUCUAUUCGAUUCCGAUCCCCAGACCUCAGGGAAAGGAGGCAAAAUGCCAGACAGACCGGAUCCAACUGCGUAAUAUGCGAAUCCAGGCUCAAGACCAAAAGUCCAUCGAGUGUCAAACUAUGGACUUCAAUUAAGGCGAUUAAUUAUUGGAGGUCUUGUUGUUGUUUCUUUUUUGUAUUUUCUUUGUUUCAUCAGUGGCUUGUUCAGAUGCGAGGAAUCUGGUAUGCUUUUCUACGUAAUAAAUUCAUAUUUGAUAACACGUACAUGAGUUUGCAUAUCAGCCACCACAAUACUAAGAAUGGCUUGUUCCUCUAAGAAAAUCCAGAGUCGUUCAAUCCGGAAAACGACCUGCAAAAGCCUGGCGGCGCAAAUUCACCCUGGUUGGUGAAUGUCAGACUACAGAGCGAUGUUCCGGGAUUGGACGCAACCUUGCUGCAGUUCCUCAAAAAGGCAGUUAAAACUACUCUUACGAGUGGGAGAUUAUUUUAGCUACAGGUAGUUUUGAGAUACAAAGCGUGAGUGAUAGAUAUCCUCGAGAGGCUCUACGUACCUGUGCGGAGACUAGAGGACUUGAGGACAUUCAUCCUCUGCACGCAGAGGACAGUGCUAAGACACACUCCCAACAUAAGUACUGUACUUUCUUUGACAAAAAUCCUUUUUAAUACUCUAGCAGAAUUGGAGAGUUCUGAGGUAGAACAGCCGGCUUUUGCGAAUUACGAGCCAAGAUGGGAAGAGGAGGGUGGGGAAGAUGUACGCGUGAUUCACCUCCUCAACGGUCCAACGAAUUUAUGGCCAGUAUCCUAGAGUAGAUACACAUACAAAAAAACGAAAUCCAACGAUAAAGGGCAAGAGACUAUACGCGAUAGCUACGGGAAUAUUACACCACUAGGCGACUUUAAGCUUCACUGCUAACAACCACUGGCGCACCCGCAGCUAGCUGUUCUGUUCUGGACCUGGCCUGGAACUGUACAGGAAAUAUCAUCGCUGCCAGCUACGGUAAUCUCAUUAAGGCUUGCCCUAAUUUAUCAUAUCCUGAGAAGCAUUCUUGGCCCUUUGACCCCGUUUUCUACAAACAAGGGAAGACUACACGCCAAAGAUAAGCUCACUCAGAAAUGAAGGAUUGGGCAGAUUCUAAGCUAAACACCUUAGGAUGGUGCGAGUACAAUUCGGUUGUGCAUGUGUGGAACAUCUUUUCCAGGCAUCAGGCAAAAAACACCGCGUCAGACGCUGCAGCAGGAUCCCAAGGUCGGAGUCCGGAUGUAAAGAUAGAACUAUGGCAAUCAUCUAAGUAUUCAUCUCGGCUUGGAAUUACAUACUCUCUGACGAGGCUCCGGUUUCUUACACGUAUUGCUUCCUAGAUCAUAAGCUGUUAGCUGUAAGACCACAAAGAACUUGAUUGGUCCUCUAGCUGUACAAUCUCGUCUCACGAAGACCAUGUAGAUCUACUUGAUAGGCCGCUAAUCAAAGUACAAGGCGAAGUGCUAUCGUUAGCAUUUCAUCCAAGGCUGCCAAGUAUACUGGCUGGUGGCAGUUAUAAUGGGGAACUGAUUCUAUGGGACACGAGCCAAACUGCAAGCGACCCACAGAUUGCGAUGUCGAGUAUUUUUUCGUAUUCUUCAUCUACUCGCGAAUUUCAACCUAGCCUAACCAAUUUCAACUACGUCUAGAAGUUGAAGGCUCGAAGAUACAUACUAAAGCGUGAAUUAAGAACAUCGCGUAUGCGUUGGACCGCUGCUUAUGUUUUCAACCGCAGGUAUCGACGACUACUUCCAUCGUGAGGCAAUACACGAAGUUAGUUGGAUCGAACAGGAAAAGAAGUUUUUGCUAGCUACGAUCAGUGGUGAUGGACGGAUUCUGUUGUGGGACAUCACAGACAAUCUCGAGUUUCCUUGCCGGGGAUUCUCUAUACUUAUGGCUUUUGUAAUACUAGACUGCGAUUUACUUAGUGGUAGUUACGUAAGCGAAUGGCGGAAACCAUGAUCAUCAUGUUCACGAUGGGGAAAGUCGACUUCUGUGGUCCUCCGGUCUUCAUUCGGGACUCCAGUCUAGCUGUUUCUUUCUCCCUCGGGGACUUUCUCUGCCUCUUGCUCUUACUUUCUAAUCACCUACAGAAGAAGCGAACGGUCGGCGGCCGUGCUCUCGCUUUCUCACCGUUUGACUCGUCGCUUUUUGUUCUAGGCUCUGAAACUGGUGCCUUGAUCCGAGGCAUGUGCCCACAAGUCGUUGCAGAUAGCUCUUCGGUACAUCUGCUAUGCAUUUCGACUAUUAUGAUGUUUUCAAGAAUGACAACCGGUCAAUUUUUAUUUUCUGUCGCCUAUCUUGCAGUCUUUAUGAUCCAAGACAAUGAGUAUUGCUUCCCAUGUCAACCAUUACAGGCUAAUAGUUACCAUCAAGAAGAAACCCUUCUUCCAAAAGGUCUCCCUCACUGGUGCUGACGCUUCCAAAUGGAAAACGUCUGCGAAACGCUUUCUAGAUGCUGUGCCGGCUUCUUCGCGGAUGAAUAUCAGGCAUCAUGUGGAGGCCUAUGUGCAGAAGUCAGUGGUGGAAAAAGAUCAAGGGAUAACUGCCCAAACGAUAUUCCGAUCCAAGCCUGAUGCUAAUUUGCUCUUUCCGCAGCCGAAGACAACUGAUUUUUAAGACUGGUGGUUUUAGCAGAUUCGUCUCCGACAUGGUUGUGGUAGAAUUUGUAAGGAGUCUUAGUGCGAGUUCCACAAUCCUCAAUCGUAGCUUGAUCUAUCACCGUUCACCACCUCCCCACCACCUCUCUUCUAACUUCCAGAGCCACACCCAGGCCCGAUCACCGCUGCUAGAUUUUCGCCAUUUCAUAGGAAAAUGCUUCUCAGCGCUGGAUUGGAUGGUGGCGUCAAGCUAUUCGACAUCCUGCAACAACGUCCUCUAUACGUAUUCUACCCUACUGCUGCGGCGGCGAGCGGCCAUGGUGGGAAUAACUUAAUCAGCGGCGUAAAUACAGCGUCCUCAAGUGUCGCUUUAGCGGACGUCGCAUGGAGUCACGCCAGACCUUUGGUCUUUGCGGUUGCGCCCGAAGCUGGUGGCGCUAUCCUCGUGUACGAUUUGAUGCGUAGCAAACAUCAAGCGGUGGUUUCCGUUCCUUGCAGAAAAGCAACGCGAGUCCGUUUUAAUCCGACGCAGCGUGGCUUACUAGCGGCUGGUAAUGUGGACGGCGAACUAAGGAUAUUUGGAUUGCCUUGGUCUCUAAGUUGUCCGUCGAAGACAGCUGAGACGACACUGUUGAACAGGCUGAUGAGCGGGAAAUAAGGAUAAGGGAAGGACGAUUGGAGGGGAAAAUUUUUGGGGAUGAGUGCGCAUGAUUUGUAUCUAUCAUGUUCAUGUUGAGCUUGAGUUCUGUCGGAUACAAAAGAUAUUCGAGAAGCGAGACAGAGACAUUAUACAUGCUUGCAGAUGAUCAAACAAUGUUUUCAAGUACGUCGUUUCAACUGUAGAAGAGUUUUCCGCUAAGAAGAAGG